AAAUAAUUUUUCAUUUGUUUUACUUUUGUUUUUAUCAGAGGGACAUGUCACGCGAUAGUUACAUUAUCCUCAUACGUAAUUUUCGAUAACGAUUUCGACGAUAGGGGGCAUUUUUCAUCAUCUCGCCGCGAAUGUCACGUGGUCGCCAGACAAGCCAUUGACUCGGAAGGGUGUUUAUUUUCUAGAUCUUUUAAGGUGAGUGCCGAGCCAAUUCUACAUAUUACCAAAUAUUCCUCGUUUGUAGUUCGAUCUCGACAGUCGACCGUGACGUAUUGCAUCCGAAAUUAGCCGGUUAAAGUUAAAAUGCUACGGCAACGUAUUCACAGUAAGGAGCAGUCAGAUAACGAACAAAUUGGAAAUGAAGCACAAGAUGUGCAGGAACCAAAGAAGAAGUGGUAUUUGAUAUUAUUAAAAGUAUUAUGCGGAUUGUUUUUCACUGUAUAUAUAGUUAUACCGACAAUAUAUUAUUGUUGUCCAACGGUCAGAAGACAUACCAUUUUUUUAAAUUAUGUUUCGCUUCCCCUCCCUCACAAUCUUUCGGAACCUCAAAAAUUUGGAUUGAGAUGUUCACGCAACUUCUACGUUGAAUCGGAGAAUAAAAUAAAAAUGGGAGUAUGGCAUGUGCCUUCUAAAAGUGCUUUGAAAUUUUGUAAAGGAGGAGAGAUGGAAGCAGGUAAGGAGUUUGCAGAUGGAAGACCCAUAUUUCUGUAUUUGCAUGGGAAUUCGGGAACGAGAGGUGCCAAUCACAGAGUUUUACUAUACAAACUUUUAACAGAUACAGUAGACGUUCACAUCGUAACUUUUGACUAUCGUGGUUUUGCGGAUUCUACAAACUAUCCCCCUUCGGUAAAGGGUUUGGAACACGACUCCGCAGUGAUGUUUAACUGGGUAAAGCAACAUCAAAAAAAUUCACAGAUUUAUAUAUGGGGUCAUUCAUUAGGAACUGCGGUUGCUGUUCGACUCGCUUCGAGACUUUGCAAGUCAGAAGAUAAACCUGCAGCAGUGGUUUUGGAAGCCCCUUUCACUAGUACUAAGGAUGCUGCCAUGUAUUAUCCUCUUACAUUAUUUCAUCGUUACAUGCCAUUCUUUGACAAACUUUUUCUCGACCCCAUGAUGGAUGAAGAAACCGGUUUUGAUAGUGAAAAACAGAUAAUCGACAUCACAACACCACUACUCAUUCUCCACGCAGAAGACGACAAUUUAAUUCCUUUUGAAUUAGGCGAGAGAUUGCAUCAGAAAGCCCUAAAGGGAAGACCUAAAAAUCUACCUCCACCCAUUUUUAUUACUUACGAUUAUGAUUUUGAUUACGGACAUAAACACAUUCAUCGAGAUCCUAAUCUUCCAGGUAUAGUUAGAGAAUUUUUAGAAGGUAAACUUCAGUCAAAGUUUAUCAAAAAAACUUCAUAAUAUUUUCUUAAUUUUGUAUAAAAAUAAUAGAGAAAUUUGAGAAGUAUUUUCCAUAAGUGAUUUUGUGAUAGGUAUUUAAAAGUUUCUUUAACUUGACAAGAAGUUUUGAUUAAUUAUCAAAUAUUAUUUUUUUGUAGAAUUAAAAUUUAUAAUCCAGAAUAUUCUGUUUGAAUUUGAUCAUUUGUUUCACUCAUCACCUUUAAUGCAAUGGCACAUACAUUAAAAAUUCAGUUUAAAUUUGAUAUUCAAUUUAAAGCAAGAAAAUAAUUUAUAUUUUCAUAAAUAGAAAUUUCUAGUUAGAAAAGUAAGAUUUUAAAAUGGUUUUAAAACAAAAUCCAACAGUUUUUAUACUUAAUGUGUAUGAAUAUGCUCAUUUGUCUUCAAAAAUCAAACUUUUUUUUAUAUGCAAAUGACUAUUUCAGUACCUGGAGUAACUUAGAAACUUUACUAUGUUAAAGAUUGGAUAAAUAUUGCACAAUUAUAUAACUAAUGGAACCAAGAUUUAGUUUUGAUAUUAACUCUCAUAUAAAAUAAUAGUUUGAAGAACUAUGCAUAUUUAGGGUCUUCCAAAAAGAAUGCUAUCAUUUUAAAUUACUGUAAUUAUGUUAAUUAUUACCUGAAAAUGGUUUAACUCUCUAAACUCUGAAAACUCACUCUAUCUCUAUUGCUAAUGACAAUUGUUUUUAGUUUUUAUCUUUCAGACUAGAAGGGGAACUUGUAUAGCAAAACUAUUGUAACAACUUUUCAAUCAGCCAUUUUCAUUUUUAAUGGAUAAGACUGAUUUUGUGUUUAAAAGGUUAAUAUAUUUCAAAACAGAAAAUUCAAAGUUUCAUCAAUAGUGUGCAUUCAGAUAUAUUUUUGGGAGGUUUUCAAAGCUCUGAAUCGUGUGCUUCCUCGGCAGUGGAUUGGUCAUCCAAUCCACUGCUGAGGAAUAUCUGGAUAGGCCCAAUGACAGUCUGUUGCUCUGCAGACUCCCCAAGUCCCUGGACCCGACACCCUACAGUUUCUUAUUGUGGGACUAUGUGAAGGACACCAUUGCCCGGGACUUUGCAGGAGCUUUGGAAUCAAAUUAUGAAUGCUUUGGGAGGACUAACAUUGGAUAUGUUGCAGAGAGUCUGGGAAAAAAUGGACUUUCGGCUAGAUGUGUGUCAUGUGAUGUGAGGUACACUUAUUGAGGAAUUGUAACAAACAGAUAUGAAACUUUGAGAGUUUUUUUUUUGUUUUGAAAUAUAUUAAAUCAUUUUCAGAUAUUAACAUAAUUACAGUAAUUUAAAAUGGUAGCAUUUUUGGAAGAUCCUGUUUAAUGAUUUGUAGUUGUCAUAAAAUGUUAAUUUGGCACUUAUCAUUGUAAUUCUUUCCACUGAACUAAAUCCUGGUUGGAUUUAGAGUGAGAGUAUACAUAACAGUUUAC